GUCAACUGAUUAGCACUCAUUCUCUCGUUGGGAGAUAUAUCUAGCGUGAAAACAGCAGACAUGAAAUGUCUGACACUUUUCGUGUCUAUUCUAUCAAGCGCAAGAUGUGAUUACACCGUGUCCAUCUUUCCUGAAAUUCUGAAGAUUGGGAAAGUUACACAUUUCGACCACGGGCGAUGGAAUGGGAAGAAUGGAUUGGACAGCUCAACAACAAUUCCUCUUGUUAAGGAGGUUGGAGCUACCGCAGCCAGAUGGUUGAACAGAGACUUGGGAAACGGGUUGUUUGAGAAGGCACCUGAGAACCCAAACAAGAAGGGCUAUCCUGAUCCGAAGUACUUUCAGGCCAAUCAAAACAAAAUCAGCAACAGUUACUUGAACGUCGUGAAUGGAUAUGGCAAUCCUGAAGUUGUCAUGGAAAUAAAAGGUUUGUAUUGGCCUCAUUGGAUAGACACCUCUGCCCACCACGGAUUCUUCCCUAACAACAUCGAUGCAGCAGCCGAGUUCGUCUUCCUGCUGAUCGACGCAGUCAACAAAGGAACCAAUGGAAAACCGCCUCAAUUCUUUGAAGUAAUCAAUGAACCAGAUGGUCAAUGGAAGAACACAAACUGGACUACCUUUAUCACAUUUCAUCGGGCUGUAGCUCAGAAGAUUAAGGCAAAAUAUCCGAAUAUCAAGGUCGGUUGGCCAACGUAUACUGGAGCUUCAAUUUUGUUUGACCGUAAUGACUUCCGGACUUGGAAGACAUUGGCUAAAUUUCUGGACAUGGCUCUGAACCAUUUAGACUUUUUCUCAUUUCAUUCCUACUCAAGUAUGGAUGUGAGUGGAGGCUCACACCAUUUCCACGGGAGUUCCGAAGCUAGGCUAUUUGGUCUUCUGGAUCUUGUUGAGAGCUAUUCUCAGAAGAAGAAAGGUAAAUUGAUUGAUAUCAUUGUCAGUGAAUUUGGUCUCGGUCCGGUAUCAGGACUUGAUGUACAGAAACCCUCCCCCUAUCUUGACUGGGCGUAUAUUUAUCAACAUAAUUCCCAGAUAUUCACCUUUCUACAACGUCGGGAUGUCAUGAGAAAAGCGGUAGCUUUCUUGCUCACAUAUACUGAUCUACUUGGGCAGGCAAGUAUUAACUACAGCAUCCUUGAUAAAAACCAUAAGGAGAGGGACAUUGCGCAAGCUUUCAAGUUCUGGAAGUCCUUCUAUGACACAAUGACAUACUUGCGUAUUGACAGUCAGUUCCAUAACGCUGAAAGAAAGGUUGUAUCGCACGUCUUAGUUGAUCAAAGGAACGGAAGUCUCAGCAUUCUUUUGCACAACCUUGACCAAAAGCCAAGUCACGUGAAGCUUAAUUUUGACAAAGGUUGGUUCCAUACAUCAAGUGGAAAGUCCACCUGUGAAUAUCUAAACGCACAGAAGAAACCAACUCUAGAUACAAACAAACCAGUUCACGUCACAAACUCCACGGUAACCGUUCCUGCUGAAGCGAGUUGUUACUUCCAGUUCCACACAACCCACAACUUUGCCCAUGCUCCGACUGUGACACAGAACACCUACUACUCCACCGACAUGGUUGUCGCCAUUCACAACACCGUCGUCGAUGUUAAAGUAAACGUCCCGAACAUUGGCAACAUUGACUUUGUUCGUCUGAGAGUUAGUGUCAGUUUCAGCAUGAAGUCUCCACAUCAGAAACUAAAGACGGUGGUUGUUAACACGCACACCUUGACGUCCUUCUACUCACUGCAUACCCACAGCGGCGCUGGUGAAGACACUGUAUGGGAGGUAUUUGAGUACAACGUCCCCAGCAACAUGCUACAUCAACACAACAACGACGUCAAACUUAGCUUCUCCGAGGCUGGGGGUUAUCUGUCCACUGUGGCAGUGAUCGUUGGAAGUCACUGAGGGUGAUACAUGUAAGGAAUCCCAAAAACUGAAUGAAUAAUAUUUCAGAAUCUGAUUAUGAUCAAAACAUUUAAUAGGUACUUCAUAUGUAACACCGUGAACUACAUGCUGUGUAUAACAAAUACCCAUGUGGACGUAUUACAACUACAAUGAGCUUUCAAAUGGUAAAAGUGAGCUAUUUAUAAGAAGUACUUUAGAACGGACUACAGAAAACACAUCUAUUCAUCCUUCUCUCUAACAAUGAAAUACAAAAAUAUACAGUA